CUCGCCUUUCUCAGCUCAGCAGCUUCAAUUGUUUUUUUCAGUUUCUCCUUUACCCUGCGUCGUAUCCAUUCCUCACACCUCCCGGUUGUCAUCGUUGCAGGCGAUGAAACAACACUCCUCCUCAACCGUCUCGUCCGUCGCCAUCCCCGCUCCCGUUGCCGUUUCCGCGCCUAGUCUCGUCUCCUGGUUCUAGUUUGCUGCUCUUCCGAGCACGCUUUUCAUCGACUGCUCUGCCGACUGUUGUCCUACCCCUCUUGGCAUGAGCUGAACCCGAACCGCCUGCUCACCGUUAAAUAGGGUCUCUCCACCACCAGCCGCCGGGAUCCUGGGAGGGGUGAGGAGAGGAAGCCCAAAAAAAAAGAAAGAGAGCAGAAAAAAAAUCCCAGUCAGCCGUGUGUCUGAGACAGCCAGAUUUGCGAGCGCUUCGCCAAACUUGAGGCUCUGCGGUCGCUAGCGACGCGCCCAUCCAUACGUCAAAGCUACAAUGACCAGGCUCAUCCCGACUGCCAUAUCUCGCAGCUCGUUCGCUGUCUGGUGCCUCUUGCACCACUCUUGACGGCUUCUCGCAAACCUAUCAGCUCUCAGAACUGCUAUGUGCCGUUUGACCACCACGGGUACCUGUCGAAGCUCAUCUGCCUCAACGCUUAGAUUGGUCACUUCUACUGCUGUCUCUGCUGCCCGCCCGGGACGUCCAUGUCCGCGACUCAGUCAGUCGCCGACUCCGUUCUGGGUUUAACUCAAUCUGAGUUGUUUCUCCUCCGACAACAGCAACAAAUCCUGGCCCAGCGAAGUCAUCAAGGCGGCAUGCCCGACCGUGGUCGUGGCACUAGCAGGCAGUCGCAGCCUAGCUCCCGUGCGGUCAGUGCCGCCAGCAGCCAAAGCGUCCCGGGGCGGAUUAUGCUAGAUCCCCAUAGUCUGCAGGCUUUAUAUGCGCACCUGGAGAAUGUGAUGAGGAGUAUCCAGCGACGGAUUGGCGAGCUCGAAGAUGCCACCGAACAGUCAGUCAGAAACUCCAGCAGCCGAGCUGGAGGCGUCGUGCAGAAUGCAGAAAAUGAGAUUGUCAGGAUGCGGCGCAUCAUGGCCGAGAUAGACAAGCUCGAAGAAGAGUUUGAGAAAAUCAAGCGAAUUCGUGACAAGAUAAAGGGCAUCAGAAACAAUGUGGACGAGCUGAGUGACAGGCUCGAUCGCAGUCGUCCAAGCGGCCACAGCUCUGGCGGAGCACGACCUCGGCGCUGAAGUGCAAUUGGUCUCUCGGGACGUUGAGCGAUCCUGAACUUUACAAGCAACUAUAAUUCUACGAAGGACUGGGACCCCGCCGGG